AUGUCUUAUGAUCGGUACCUAGCGAUAUGCAAACCACUGCAUUAUGCAACCCUUAUGAAUGGCAGUUUCUGCCUCCAGCUAGCAGCUGGGUCUUGGAUAAGUGGGUUACUGGCUAGUUCUAUAGUAACAGGUAUGAUGUUACAAUUACCUUUCUGCGGCCCCAAUGAAAUUGAUCAUUUCUUCUGUGAAUUUACACAAAUAAUAAAUCUCUACCGCAACGACAUCUACCAGGUGGAGCUUGUAAUCACCAUUGUGGCUGCUUUAUUCACCCUGCCCCCGUUUGCUUUAACUGGGACAUCCUACCUGUGUAUCAUCUCCACCAUCCUGCGAAUCCCUUCCACCACCGGGAGGCAAAAGGCAUUUUCUACCUGCUCCUCUCACCUCAUUGUGGUGACAAUUUUCUAUGGGACCCUGAUCAUUGUGUAUUUGCUACCAAACACCAACACACUCAGAGACCUCAACAAAGUGUUCUCUGUCUUCUACACAAUUCUGACUCCUAUGGCCAAUCCCUUCAUAUACAGCCUGAGAAACAAAGAG